CUUGGGUCACUUCACGUGGUACACUUGGAUUUCCGUCACCAUAUUGCUUUCGACCGAGUGGUAAGCACCCCCUUCAGCGCCGAGCGAGCUCUAUUCAUUGACCCUUCGGCAUGUCUACGGUAGGCGGGGCUUCCUCGAAGCGAUCAAGCUCAACGACGAGGUCAUCUCGUCGUGCAACGCUUGGAAUCGGCUCGUUGUCCCCUGAGCGAUUCAUGAGGACGGCGGUGUUUAGGGAGAGGAAUAACGAUGGGGCCGUGAAGGCCAAGGAAACGACCAAGGCAUCGAAAGGUCCCACCCGAACGCAGCAGAUGCAGUUCGCGUUCGGUUCCAAGAUAAUCAAACCUAGCUCUACUGGCUCCGGCAGCACGGCAGGGAUGGGCAGCAGCGGCGCGGUCAUGCCGACCAGGGGAAGAACAACGACGACAGCACACAGGGGUGGUGCGGUCGCCGCGGAUACAAGCAGCACGCUGGCUCGGUCGAGGCGAGAACGGGCCGCCAGACACGACAACCAAGAUCAACAGCCGCAGCAGUCAGCAAGCUCGCGAGGACGAGGGGCUGUGCGUGCGGAAAAGCAGCAGCCUCUAGCCAGCACAACUCGACAAGAAUCCGACCACCAUCAUCAUCAUGCAUCAUCCGCCCUCAAGGUCCAGCUGGAAGAGAAGGAGAGUGUCAUCGCUGAGCUGAGGAGACAGCUCGAAGCAAAAGCCGGGGGAGGUGAUUCUGGCGUCAAGGGUCCGUCGACGUUGUCUUCUGCGUCAGACACUUCGAAGCAGCAGCAGCAAUCGGACGAGUUGAACGAGGGUGAGCAAGCAGCGCUCCGAGCGGUGCAGGAGGAAGCAAGAGCGGACGCGGAAGAAAAGCUCUCCCGAGUGGAGGCCGUAACCUCGGCGGGGCUUGCGAGUCUCUCGGAGAUGCAGGACAGGGUCGACGAGAUGAUUCGGGGACUUAAAGCCAGAAGGAGCCAGUAGCCUCGGAGAGAGUGGAAGCGUGGCGAAACGGUUAAACGGAGCUGUACCGGGUACUUGUGGUGUUGAACACAGAGGGCGGGGGAAUACGUGCGUGCGAGCGUCUUGUUGUUGGCGUCGACCGCACCAAUCGGCUGACCAAUGAAAAUGCGUGGAUCUCCAUGCGGCUAGCAACGGCAAACGCUUCGAAAGGUCAUGAUGUGGGGUCACUUGAGGGGGGGGGGUGACAGGGCAAGUUAGACUGUUUUCCGGAUUCAAGGCAGGAAUGGAAGCAGAUGAGACUUACACGUGUCUACCGAGGUAGAGAUUUGCCGUCCAAUCAGUUCUGACGCCAUUACUUUUGACAACUCAGCCGGGGGCACACACCAGGAACGGUUUGUUUUUUUCGAAGGGGAAGUGCACAAAGCUCUCUGGUUGUUGCCCCAUAGCCGUACAAUACACGUCCCCCGUUGGAGGUGGGCACCAGGGGAGAGGGCGGGGAAUGGGCCUAACCUUGUAGUGCCAAAUAAAACUCGGAGAAUUGGUAUAAGAACGUCGGAAAUUUACGUGCGUUGUUUCAUUUUUGCCUUCUUCUGUGUAUCUUGUGGCCCUUCAUCAGUGUUUUCAUCUGCCGGCGAUGUCAUUCCUGUCAAUUGUGUUUGGUUGCUGCUGCUGCU